CUAAAUGUGAUGAAAUACUUAUAAAGUUUCAAGUUUUGUGCGUUAUAUUUAAGCAUUACCAAAUUUAAGAGCAAAAGUGAAAGUACAAUCCUUAAAAUAACUCAAUUUGUUAAUCGAGGAAUCGAAUUACAAUUUUUGAAAAAAAAAACCCAGUGAGAAACAUUGAUUUUGAUAAUAUUUAUUUAGAACUCUACAAAUGCUCCAGCUCAAUUCAAAUUUACGAGAGCCUUAAAUAUUUUUUUUUACAAGUCUAAGCUGCGUAUACGUAAUAUUAAUAAUUGAUAGAAUUUAAAUUCAAAACAAGAACCAGUGCAAUGCGUCGCAACAGCGCCAUUAAUUUUUUCGCUACAUCUCUUGCAACUUGCUGUUCGCCACGCCCAGCCACUCGGUUUGUUAAAAAAUUCAUUAAAGACGAUUUAACUUGCACCCGCAAAGUUCUCAUUUAAUCCUUAAACUGUAAGCAAAGCGGGUAUUUAUAUUCUGCAAAUUAGCAUGUGCAUGUGCUCCUUGUACAACGACCGAUGUUGCUGCUAUUAAUGCUGUGCUCCUGUGCUCCAACGGUCUUCGCGUUCACCCAUAGAGAGUUCUAUGGAAUUUCUGUGAAAUAAAUUGCCGUUAACCGCGCGGGUUUAUUACGCAACCAACGAUUAACGGCUGCCCUUGCACGGCCCGAAUUGCGUAUAGUGUCGACCAUACCCCCACCUAUAGGAUUCAACUAUGUCGGAAAUUGUGGAUACGGAACUGUUAGUGAACUGCACAAUUCUCGCCGUGCGUCGUUUCGAGCUGAACACCAUUGUGAACACGACGCUAUUGAACACCCUCAACCGCACCGAGGUGGUCGGUCUGUUGUCCGGCAUCAUCGAGAACCGAGAUAAUCUCGAUAGCAUCAAUGAGGCAAAGGACUUUCUUACUGAAUGCUUGUUUCCUUCACCCACGCGUCCUUAUGAGUUGCCGUGGGAACAGAAAACGAUUUGGGCCAUUGUAUUUGGGCUGAUGAUGUUCGUGGCCAUUGCGGGCAAUGGAAUUGUUCUCUGGAUUGUUACAGGACAUCGCAGCAUGCGCACGGUCACAAAUUAUUUCCUGCUGAACCUGAGUAUCGCUGACCUGCUAAUGUCCACCUUGAAUUGUGUCUUUAACUUUAUAUUCAUGGUGAAUUCGGAUUGGCCAUUUGGCUCGAUUUAUUGCACCAUCAACAAUUUUGUGGCAAACGUAACGGUUUCAACAUCGGUCUUCACCCUCGUUGCCAUCUCCUUCGACAGAUAUAUUGCCAUAGUACAUCCUCUAAAGCGGCGCACGUCGCGUCGCAAAGUGCGAUUCAUUCUGGUACUGAUCUGGGCACUGAGCUGUGUCCUCUCCGCGCCCUGCCUGCUCUACUCCAGCAUCAUGACAAAGCAUUAUUACAACGGAAAAUCCCGUACAGUUUGCUUCAUGAUGUGGCCCGAUGGACGUUAUCCAACAUCGAUGACAGACUAUGUCUAUAAUGUGACCAUAUUGGUAUUAACAUAUGGCAUACCCAUGAUUGUUAUGCUUAUAUGCUACUCGCUUAUGGGUCGAGUACUCUGGGGCAGUCGCUCUAUUGGGGAGAACACGGAUCGUCAGAUGGAAUCGAUGAAAUCAAAGCGAAAGGUGGUUCGCAUGUUUAUAGCGAUUGUCUCCAUCUUCGCCAUUUGCUGGCUGCCCUAUCAUCUGUUCUUCAUCUAUGCCUAUCACAACAAUCAGGUGGCAUCCACAAAGUACGUGCAGCACAUGUAUCUGGGCUUCUACUGGCUGGCCAUGUCCAAUGCAAUGGUGAAUCCCAUAAUUUAUUACUGGAUGAACAAGAGAUUUCGCAUGUACUUUCAACGGAUAAUCUUCUGCUGUUGCUUGGGGCUUAUGCGCUAUAGAUUUGAGUCGCCGAAGAGCAGGAUGGCCAACAAGAACAGCUCGAAUCGCCAUACAAGAGCCGAAACCAAAAGCCAGUGGAAGCGUAGCACAAUGGAAACACAAAUCCAGCAGAUGCCCAAAACUUCGUCCCGCGAUAAGGAUGCGGGUGUCCAGGGUCUUAACCACACGGCCGUCGAGUGCAUAAUAGAGCGACCCAUAGAUGACAAUAGCUCCCCCAUUUGCUUGUCCAUUAAAAACAGUGCCGGCGAGCGGCAGCGCGUAAAAAUUAAAUACAUUUCCUGCGAUGAGGAUAACAAUCCCAUCGAGGAGGGAUCCGAAAACAAUAGCAGUCACGAUUCCAAUCACAGUCACGGCCACGGUCACAGUUGCGGCCGCAGCCAUGGCCAAAAUGCGAAAGCAAUUCAACAACUGUGAUGGGAAAGUUCCUAUAGGGUUUCGCUUUAAAAAGAGCCAAUCAAAAGGAAAGGAAUUUCAUUGUAAAUACGAAACACGAAUUUGUGGCUGUCAGCAGCAGUAAAGUAAUACGCAAAAAUUUAUAAAAUUAUAAGAAUUUUAGAGUUAAAUGUAAUA